AUGGUCUCCACUCCACCACCCAGUCUUUGCCAGACACCCGAGGCCACGACUCACGACACGACACAAACUAACCCCCAUCCCUCUCCCCCGAACUUCGACUCUCUGCCGCACCCUCGGGCACCCACAAACAAUAACAGCAUCAACAAUAGCCUCAACGACGAACACAACAACAACACCGACAUUACCAACCACGAGAUAGCCAUCGCACAGCUGCCCGAUCCUACCAUCGCACCACCCGCAAUGGAGGAAGGUCACUCACCGCAAGAACAAGUGUACGCUCAUCAGAUGCCAGAGAUGGCCCGCUCAGACUCUUCCUCGGCCUCAUCCAUCGACCAGUCCAACAGCCCUCAGAUCGUCGCUCCCGUCCCAGUACGACCACGCCUCCCCAGCCGGAAAAGCAGCGGUACUAUCAUUGUCCCUCGAGAAUCAGCGGAAGCAGUUGAACCAACCGAUGUCAUGAUAGAGCCCGGCGACGUGCGCGCAAUGAGUCCUCGGAGGACCAGCGAAGACCUCGAGGCACUGGGACGUGAGGCUCGGGACGAACUCCGAAGGCACGCAAAAGCUCUACAAGAAUCGCUACUUAUGAUAUUCAACCGCAUCGAGGCUGUCAAGGAGGAACAUGACAAGCUGGACAGCAACAACAAGUUCCUGCAAAAAUACAUUGGCGAUCUUAUGAGCACAAGCAAAAUCACAGCAACGUCGUCGAGCAGAGCCAAAAAGUGA